AUGAAUAUCGUUUUCGGACAACUUGUUGGAGACUUUGCCGGAUACUUCGUGCUCAACACGACCGUCACGAAAGCGGCGUUCCAAAGUUCGGUCAACCAGAAUGCGACUUAUAUCGCGUAUCUGUUCGUUGGAAAGUUCGUCUUGUCAUACACCUCGAUGCUCACGGUCAGAAUUAGUGGACUAAGGAUAUCUGCCGCGCUCCGCUUAGCCUACCUCCAAGCUCUUUUCGCCCAACCUGUCAGUAUCAUAGACACGAUCUCUGCGGGCAAGGUCUCGGCUCGGAUCACAACAUCAUCAAAUACCAUCCAGCUCGCUAUAUCACAACAGUUCGCCAUGCUUAUACAAGUUAUCGCUUUGACCGGAGGGUUCUACGUAGUGGCAUUCAUCUACGACUGGCUACUCACCCUUGUAGCCAGCGCGUCUUUGCCCUUUAUCCUCCUAGCGUACGGUUCGACGCUCCCAUUCUACAUAAAGGUUCACAAGAAAACCGAGCACGCUCAAGAACAAGCCUCGGCUCUCGCCUUUGAGAUAUUUGGAUCGAUUCGUGUUAUUGUAGCCUUCGGAGCCGAAGAACGCCUAUCUACACAACACAAUGGUUGGCUGCUGCGGGCAAAGCGGACGGAGAUGAAGAACGGACCACUUAUCGGGCUUAUGAUGCUCCCAUCGUUCUUCUCUAUGUAUAGCACCUUUGGCCUCACGUUCUGGUUCGGGAUCCGGCGGUAUAUGAGAGGCAACACAGACGAUUUGAACGCCAUCGUGAUUGUCCUCUUUUCCGUGGUCAUGGCCGUCAUGUCUGUUGGCCGAGUCGCUAGUCCAAUCAUUGCCAUUGCGAAAGCCGCAACGGCGGCAACCGAGCUUUUCAAGACAAUAGACUCUGAGACUCCUGACACUUCAGGUCUCAAAGCGCCGGAGAUCCCCGUGCACGCUGACAUCGUUUUGAAAGAUGUCUCAUUUAUUUAUCCCAGUAGGCCUGACGUUCAAGUUCUGGAUCGCUUGAAUGUGAAGUUUGAGGCGGGCAAAGUGACGGCAAUCGUGGGACCUUCCGGAUCAGGGAAGAGCACUAUCGUCGGACUGCUUGAGCGAUGGUACGAUCUCUCAGACCAAUCAUCGAAGAUCUCCGGUGGAAGAAAAGAAGAGACUCUCGUGCAGGAAGAUACACAACCUGCCGAAGAUCCUAAAACUAGGGAAAGCGGCAGCGGAUCAAUCAGGAUCGGCCAUAUCGACCUCCGCAGCGCCGACUUGAAAUGGUGGAGAUCUCAGAUAGGACUUGUUCAGCAGGAACCUUUCCUUUUCAACGACACGAUCUACAACAAUGUCGCGUACGGACUUUGCAGCACACAAUGGCAUGAUGCACCCAAGGAAGAAACACUAGCAUUAGUUAAGGAUGCUUGCAAGGAAGCGUAUGCCGAUGAGUUUAUCUCAAAGCUCCCUCUUGGCUACGACACAGUUGUGGGGGAGAGCGGGAUCAAAUUAUCGGGAGGGCAGCGUCAGCGGAUCGCCAUUGCUCGCAGCAUUAUCAAACAGCCACCAAUCCUUAUUCUGGAUGAAGCCACCAGCGCAGUUGAUGUACGUACCGAGCGCAUUGUCCAGAAAGCGCUUGACAGCGUUUCAGAGAACAGAACCACGAUAGUGAUUGCGCAUCGCUUAUCGACUAUCAAACGAGCAGACAAGAUUGUUGUUCUCAGGCAAGGCAGGGUUGUUGAGGAGGGCAGUCACCAGCAGCUCCUUAACAAGCAAGACGGUGUCUACUAUGGUCUGGUCCAUGCCCAAGAACUACUAAUAGGCACUGACGGGCUCGACGAUGAAAUAUUACUGCAUUCGACUAGAGUUGAGUCUGCAACAGUCCAUCAAGAAGCCGCUAAUACCAGCCCUCAUGGAACCUCUCUGGCAGCUCAAUCGGAAACCAAUUACAAGCAAAAGGAUAUCUUGAGGAGUUUUGGACGCCUUAUGUAUGAGCAGAGAUCACGUUGGAUACUCUACAGCUUGACUAUUCUUGGCGCUAUUGGCGCUGGAGGCCCAGUAGUUGUCUAUCCACUCCAGGCAUACCUCUUUGCCAAGAUAAUCGAUGUUUUCACACUCACGGGAUCUGAACUCGUCAACAGAGGGAAUUUCUGGGCGGGCAUGUUCGGCGUCCUGGCUGUAGGCGCCGGAGUCUCUUACUUUGUGCUCGGAUGGUCUUCAUAUACUAUCUCUAUCGCCGUCUCCACCCACUAUCGGCAGGAAUAUAUAGACAAUAUUCUUCGCAAGCGUAUCGCGUUCUUUGAUGCUGAAGGCAACUCCGCGGGCACUCUUACGUCGAGGCUGAGCACCGAUCCCACUCAGUUGCAACAACUUAUGGGCACUGAAAUGUCGAUGGCCCUGAUAUCAGUGUUCAACUUGCUCGGCUCGCUCGCGAUAUCCUUUGCCUUUGGAUGGAAACUCUCACUUGUUGGCCUAUUCAGCAUACUUCCUAUCAUCCUAUCGGCUGGCUACUUAAGAGUCAAACUCGAAAUGCAGUUCGAGGCGAUGAAUGCUGCUGUAUUUGCAGACAGCUCACAGUUUGCUACUGAGGCUGUCGGAGCUUUCCGUAUGGCGGCCGUCUGCUUGCUGCUCGGGAGCCAGGCCGCUGGAAUGUGGUUCUCCUUUGCUCCCAAUGUGGCGGAGGCUACUGGCGCAGCAAAUAGAAUCCUAAGUCUUCGACCUUCUGGAACGAAAGAAGAGUAUCCACCCAAGGCACUCAAGAUCUACGACGGCAGCGUUGGGAUAGAGUUUCUGAACGUCUAUUUUAAGUACAAGAGCCGCGAUGUGCCUGUAAUCACAGGUCUAAGUCUAAAGGUCGAGCCUGGUCAGUUCGCUGCUCUUGUUGGCGCUUCAGGUAGCGGGAAAUCCACUGUGAUAAGUCUGCUUGAAAGGUUCUAUGACCCCGACUCCGGAAGCAUUGUCUGCGGUGGUCAAGAUAUCUCCACCAUAAGCCUUAGGGAGUAUCGUAAUGCGAUGAGCCUUGUUGCCCAAGAGCCCACUCUUUAUGACGGCACUAUUCGCGAGAAUGUGGCACUCUCCGUGGAUGCAGCUAGCGCCACAGACCAGGCCAUCCAGCAAGCCUGUAUCGAGGCGCAAAUUCACAGCUUCAUCGUCUCUCUCCCAGAAGGCAAGUCCCCUGGAACGUAG